AUGCCUGCUGGGGAGGAGGAGGAGGAGGAGGAGGAGGAGGAGGAGGAGGAGGAGGAGGAGGAGGAGGAGGAGGAGGAGGAGGAGGAUCCUCGAAGCAUGGCCGCCAAGACGUUAGGUCAAACACACGACGGAUCACACAGGGCCGGGCGGCUGUGGCGGCCAGCACACAUCCUUCACGGGGAUGCCAGAGCGGCCCUGACCUGGCAUGUUUGA